AUGACGGUACUGGCUGGUAGCGGUGAUGACGGCUUUCGACAGCUGUUUUCACUAGUGUUCUUCAUCACAAUUUUUGUGGUGGUCCAAUGUCCCAUGUCUUCAAAGAACAGUUGGCUGAAACAGAAGUCCGAAAGCAUGGUCGCUGUUGUGCUGCUAGGCCCGAUCUCCCUUCUGUUCCUAGAGGCACCUCUACCAACACGUGGAAAAGACUCGCCGAUUCUCUUCCUACAUCAAGCAGGAAGAUCAACUCAGGCUAGCAAAGUUCACUUUUUCAAGCCGAUGUCAAUUGCAGACGAGACUGCGACAUAUGUCUUGAAAUGUCUGUCUCAAAAGCCACACCUAGAUUCGGCAUGCCUCGUCGCCUUGGCCGUGGAAGGCCUCCGCACGUACAGUGCCUUCGCCCUUCUUUGCACACCCUUGCGGACAACUGCUGGCUCUUGGCAAAGUAAUUUCUUCUUUGGAUUUGCCGUCUUUGCCAGGACAAACGCAGCACAUUUUUUUCGGACUGAUGGGCUGGGGAUAUGCUUGAAUCGGAGGAGACAUGAUGGGUGUGAUCGCUUCUAG